GAAAAAGACACGACAUCUCCCGUAUAGUAAUUGUCCUUUGAUAUUGCCGACGAAACACGUUGCUUGGCAAACGGAUUUUGUAGUUCUGGUAUCCCUGUAUUGUGCAGAACCGCUCAGCAAUCUAAACCUUAAUCACAAUUUUUAAGUUUUCUUAGGACAAACUGUUCUUAUAUUAGAGGAAAGUACCUGAAACUAUAGACUACACUAACCUACUGCACGUGUCUUAGAUAAUCCCAUUGAAGUGAUGUCUAAUCAGCCGCGUUACUUUCCUUCAAUCGUGAAACUCAAUGUCGGUGGCCAACACUUUACAACAAGCCUGCAAACGCUAACAAGAGAUCCCAACUCAAUGUUAGCAGCCAUGUUUUCAGGAAGGCAUGGAGUACAGACCACUGAAGACGGUUCCUUCUUUAUCGACCGAGAUGGAACUUACUUCCGCUUUAUACUAAAUUAUCUUCGUAACGGAGAACUUAUCUUGCCAGAUGGUACUACAUUCCUCGAGGAACUCGAAGCAGAAGCUAAGUUUUAUCAACUGCAAGGGAUAUUGGAUGAACUGCAUCGUACAGCACCGAAAGAGUUUGAGGAGUCGGUGAUACUGACGAACGAAGAGCAUCGAAGAGUCUUGAAAACUUGGUUGCCUAUAAAAAGCGAAUGGCGUUUGCUAUUCCGAGCUUCACGAGAUGGAUUUGCUGCUUCAGCGUUUCAUUUCAAAUGCGACAACAAAGUACCUACAGUCACUGUUGUAAAAAGUGGUGGAAACAUUUUUGGAGGCUUCACUGGGAACGCUUGGACAAGUAAGAUAAAUUGAUAUGAUUCUAAAAUACAAAUUAGCUUUAUCGAGUAACUCACCGCCUGACGAAUGGCCUUGAAUUCGUAUAGCCUUUGUCACAGGCAUUUGUUCAUUCACCCUUGUUAAUUUCCUUCCUAAUUUUUAAAUUAUUAUUUCCUCUUUAUUCUGAUGGCUUGCACACUGCUCAUACUUGGGUACCUAGUUAAGCCACACUAACUGAUAAACUGAUAAACGCCAGUGUAAAGGAUUACGUAGAUCAUACUCAUUGAACUAGCUGGAUAAGUUGAUAAGUCCAUGAGCAGGAUAUUGGUAACGUCUUUGUAGGUGGCUUUAACUUAUUUGCUCGUUUCCUAGGGGAAAAUAUUUCGGUAGAAAUGAAAAAAAUUAUUGUAGAUGGCCUCAGGCUGAAAUUUCGUAUUCUUUGCAAAGGAGCAGGACUGGUAUCAGAUCAUAUUAGUUGUCUUCGUGGUUUUAAUUCGAGUUCAGUAUUGGUUCAGGAUUAAACAAGAGGAGUGGAGCAGAAAAUGUUUGAAAGGUUUAGACUUAAAGAACUUUGAAAUUGAAAUGUGAAAAUGACCGUUUAACACAUAAUGCCUGAAUAAACAGUAUAUGUCAGGCGUAAUCACUGUUAUUCGCAGGUCCUACUGAUAGUGAAUGGGUGCACAUGCCUUGUUGCAAUGCCUUCCUGUUCAGCUUUGUAAACCCAAGUGGCCUGGAGCCGACCAAACUGCCGCAGUUCCCACAGCAUAAGCCAUCUCCGGGCAUCUUUUGUGAUAGCACCCGUGGACCGGCAUUUGGCAGUGAGUUCAGUGAGCUAUUAAUAUCAGAUAAUGCAAACACAAGAUCUAGUCGAGGCCGUCCCGGAAACGCCUAUCAGUCUCCUUCGGGCACGUUCUUCACUGGUGCCGAGUAUNUUAAUUUCCUUCCUAAUUUUUAAAUUAUUAUUUCCUCUUUAUUCUGAUGGCUUGCACACUGCUCAUACUUGGGUACCUAGUUAAGCCACACUAACUGAUAAACUGAUAAACGCCAGUGUAAAGGAUUACGUAGAUCAUACUCAUUGAACUAGCUGGAUAAGUUGAUAAGUCCAUGAGCAGGAUAUUGGUAACGUCUUUGUAGGUGGCUUUAACUUAUUUGCUCGUUUCCUAGGGGAAAAUAUUUCGGUAGAAAUGAAAAAAAUUAUUGUAGAUGGCCUCAGGCUGAAAUUUCGUAUUCUUUGCAAAGGAGCAGGACUGGUAUCAGAUCAUAUUAGUUGUCUUCGUGGUUUUAAUUCGAGUUCAGUAUUGGUUCAGGAUUAAACAAGAGGAGUGGAGCAGAAAAUGUUUGAAAGGUUUAGACUUAAAGAACUUUGAAAUUGAAAUGUGAAAAUGACCGUUUAACACAUAAUGCCUGAAUAAACAGUAUAUGUCAGGCGUAAUCACUGUUAUUCGCAGGUCCUACUGAUAGUGAAUGGGUGCACAUGCCUUGUUGCAAUGCCUUCCUGUUCAGCUUUGUAAACCCAAGUGGCCUGGAGCCGACCAAACUGCCGCAGUUCCCACAGCAUAAGCCAUCUCCGGGCAUCUUUUGUGAUAGCACCCGUGGACCGGCAUUUGGCAGUGAGUUCAGUGAGCUAUUAAUAUCAGAUAAUGCAAACACAAGAUCUAGUCGAGGCCGUCCCGGAAACGCCUAUCAGUCUCCUUCGGGCACGUUCUUCACUGGUGCCGAGUAUUUCACUGUUACAGAUUACGAGGUGUUCGGACUCCGCCAGUGA